AUGUGACAGUUUCAGGGGGAAGUCAUGGUGUUGAUUAAUGUUUAUGGUGAAGUAUGAACACUUUCAGCAUACAGUGAGCAUGUCGACUGGAGGAGGUGUGCCAGCUCCGCUCUGCCAGGGCUUUCUGAAGAAACGUAAAGACAAAAUGAGGCUUCGGUGGAUGACUUACUGGUUCAGACUUUACAAUACAACUCUUUUUUUCUACACUAAAAAACAUGGGAGUGCUUUAGACCUCAGGGGCCAGUAUUACAUAUAUGAGGUUCAGUCUGUACGGGAGGUCAGCAGAUCAGAGAACAAUCGUUAUCUGUUUGAGAUCACCAUGAAAAAUGGGAAGAAGAAAAUGCUGGCUGCAGAAACAGCUGAUGUCAGGCAGGAGUGGAUGGACCAGCUGUGGAAAGCCAUGCUGCUCAAUGGCCCAGACAGAUCUGGAUCGAUCACCAAUGGGGAGCUGGUGCCAGAUAACAACCCUGAAAUUCGGUCAAGUCAGUGUGAAGAAUCAAAUACUGAGACCAGCAGCACUUCAGUGGACAGCAGAUGUCGCUCCAUUGAUCAAGAGUCAUUCCAGUCGUUCGCUGUUGCUGAUGAGACACAAGAAAGUUUGCAUACAGAUAAUGAAACAGAGCAAAGUACUGAGGAGUUUUUACUGACGGACAAUGACUACGAUGUUUUACCCUCUCGAAAAGUUGCUGAAGAAGCUGUCUAUGACACUCCACCUAAAUGGUCAACCAAUGAGGGAGAGCAUGGAGUGACUGAUAGCAUCUAUGAUUUCCCAAACCCUGUGAUUAGGAAAUUGACUGAACACAGAAUUGAAUCUCUCAGCAGUAGUGAGAGACCUGACAGUGGUGGUCUUCUAAGUGACAUGAUAGCCUGUUUGGACAAUGAAUCUGCUGCCUGGGUUAAACCUGCUCCUCCAUGAACCUCAUGGGUCGUGUUGAGCAAGACUGAGAUGAUAAUAAAUCUAUGUUGUUGCAGUAAACCUUAAUAUUGUUCAUGUUAAAUCCAUGUAGAACAAUGAUUAAAUGUUCAUAGUGGAGUUUUAAACUGUCCCUAAUCAUCUAGGCGACAACAACAGCGAGUCUAUAACGCAGCAAGUUUUUUAAUUUUUUUAUAUUUUGUCAAAUAAAAAUAGUAAUGUGCCACUCACCCACUGUGUGCCA